UCAGCGCCGAAGAACAGAAAGUAGUCGCAAUAUAAAUAUGGCGGCGUCCAAGAAAGCAGCGCAUGAGCUGCAAUCCAGAACUCGGACAGAUGAUGUUCUAAAUAACGGCGGUGUCGAGUUCAGCUCUUUACUCCUCUCAAAACCUGUGCUUGAGGGUUUAUCUGCCUCUGGCUUUCAAAGACCGUCCCCCAUCCAGCUGAAGGCAAUCCCGCUGGGAAGAUGUGGACUCGACCUUAUUGUUCAAGCCAAAUCUGGCACAGGAAAAACAUGUGUGUUCACCACCAUCGCUUUGGACUCUCUUAUACUGGAAAACACAACCACACAGGUGCUGGUUCUAGCCCCCACUCGGGAGAUUGCGGUGCAGAUUCAUGCUGUUGUCAUGGCAAUAGGCAGCGCUAUGGAGGGCUUGCAGUGCCACGUGUUCAUUGGCGGCCGACCUGUCAGUCAAGAUAAACUGCACCUGAAGAAAUGCCACAUUGCCAUUGGUUCACCAGGUCGUAUUAAGCAGCUAAUUGAGAUGGAAGCCCUCAUUACGUCCUCCGUUCGCUUGUUUGUUUUGGAUGAGGCUGAUAAACUGCUGGAGGACGAAAUCAGCAGCAGCUUUCAGGAGCAGAUCAACUGGAUAUUCUCCUCUCUACCAGCAAAUAAACAAAUGUUGGCCCUUUCUGCCACCUACCCAGAAUCUUUAGCACAACACCUGUCAAGAUACAUGAGAGAGCCAACGUUUGUGCGACUGAACCCAACAGACCCUGGACUCCUUGGACUAAAACAGUACUAUAAGAUUGUUCCAUCUCAUUCAUUGCCUCAUAAAAUCUUUGAGGAGAAGGUUCAAAGUCUUCUCGAACUUUUCAGCAAAAUCCCAUUUAACCAAGCGCUGGUGUUUUCAAACCUCCAUACCAGAGCUCAGCACCUGGCUGAUAUCCUCUCCUCCAAAGGUUUGCCUGCGGUCUGCAUCUCAGGUGGUUUAAGUCAAGACCAGAGGUUAGAGGCGAUGUGGAAGCUGAAGCAGUAUCAGUGUCGAGUUUUAAUAUCCACCGAUCUGACGUCACGUGGCAUUGAUGCUGAGAAGGUGAACUUGGUGAUUAAUCUGGAUGUUCCUCAGGACUGGGAGACCUACAUGCACCGUAUUGGUCGCGCUGGACGAUUUGGGACUCUAGGGGUUGCGGUGACUUACUGUUGCCAUGGUGAGGAGGAGAACAAGAUGAUGGCCAUUGCUCAGAAAUGCUCUCUGAAUCUCACUCAUUUACCAGAUCCAAUCCCUCCAGGGAUCAUGGAAGAGACUUGUGACUGGGAUGUGAUCAUUGAACCUCCUUCAAAACCCACUCACACAAUUCCUGACAUUCCCAAACCAGAGAAGAAGAAACAAGCUAAAUCUGAACAGACAACAUCUAAACCCUCCAGAGAGACUCACAUCUCUGCGGUCAUCACAGAACGGGCCACAGGUGAUAAAUCCUACUGUGGAACUCAAACCAAGGCUAAAAAUCACUCUCCCAAACCUAAGAGGCAAAAACCAUUACCAUCUGCUACAAACAUACAUGACUCAACUCCUUCUCAGAGACAGCAGAAUGACACCCUUCCCAGAAUUCCUCCACUGUCCUCCUUUAAGUUGCAGGCACGAAAGUUUAUGACCUUCAACGAGGCUGUGGCUGAUUAUGAGACCUUCAUAACCGAAGGUCUGGGAAGAUCUGUCGAAGUCAUUCGCCAGUAUGACGAUUUCAACAGGAGUCGAGAUGCAGUUAAUGGACUGCAUAACAGCCAUGAUGAUGAUGAUGAGGCUUAUAAAUCAGAUAUUGUAAGAAAAUCACAGUCCUAUCAAGAUCUUCCUCCACCCCAGGAGGUUUCUGAUCAAAAGACUGCUUCCGUGUCAUCUGAUGAUUCCUCUUCAGAGUCAGAGAUGGAGGUCGAAAGUGAAUCAAGCUCUUCUGUCCCCAACAGCUCUUCACAUCACACACUUGCUCUUCCAGACAAAAGAGUCUCGCAUGUACACAAUCGUCCGGAAUCAAAUGAAUCCUCUUUACCUUCAGCCAGAGUGUCACAACAGUCCAGCAGAAACAAGCAAAGGCCAUGUAAACCUCAAUCCCAGAAUCCCCCUCCCCAGAAACGCAGACCAACCUCCAAAUCCAGCAGAAAGGCUGCCUCGGCCGGACGGAAGUGGAGAAAGGACGAGACUGAUGAACUGGAAGAGGAAGUGGCCGGACAGGAUUAUUGGAGUUCAUACAGAGCCUGGGCAGAAUAUUACAAUUCAUAUCAUCACCAUUCACCCUAUAACUGGAUGACUGCAUUUUAUAUGAAUUCUGUAUACAUGAAUGAAAUGAUGAAGCACUAAAAGUUGGUGGUAUUAUCAUGUAUAUGGAUUUUGGCCUUUGUACUGUUACCAUUUGCAUUGUGUACAUAUUCAUGUAGUUCUCUAAUAAAAUGAAUUCUUAAGAU